UGGUACUGGGAUGGAGCCGGAAGAGGGGACGCCCUUGUGGCAGCUGCAGAAGCUUCCAGCCGAGCUGGGCCCGCAGUUCUUCAGAUUUGUGUUCUGGCUCAUGGUGGGUUCUUGAUCAGUGUCCGCUGAGGGAAGGAAUUAAUGCGUACUGAACUCUGCUUAAUCUUGGGGGACAGUUGUCUGGAUUCCAAGCUUCGAUGGACUGGCCUUAAGUGUAAAUGAUUGGCAAUUCGGAUGAGGAAACCAAAACGUCAGCAGAGAGAGUUGGAGUACCGUGCCCAAGCUUGUCAAACUAGUUGAUGACGCCUAGAUCCCUGUAUCCAGCAAAGAAUCUCUUCCUUGGGUGUCAGGCUCCUGCUUAGACACACCCCAGUUGCUGGUGACUAGAAAUGCCCUUCUCUCCCCUUAAAUGGCCAAGUACUACAACAACAUAAUGUGGCUGCUUCAUAAAAUAAUUGAUGGCAUUUGUGGCCGAGCUUAUCCUCUCUACCAGGAUUAUCACAGUGUUUGGGAUUCAACAGAAUGGAAGAAUGUCCUAGAAGAUAUUACCAAAUUUUUCAAAGCGGUAGUUGGUAAAAAUUUACCUGAUGAGGAGAUAUUUCAGCAGUUGAAUCAGUUGAAUUCAUUUCAUCAAGAAGCUAUCAUGAAAUGCUUGAAAAGUAGGAAAGAGGAAAUCAAGAAGGCUCUGUUUGAAGAAAUAGUUGAUAUUUCUUCUGCACAGCUACAGGAUUUUGACUGGCAGUUAAAGCUUGCACUGUCUAGUGACAAGAUUUCUACGUUACAAAUGCCACUUUUAAACCUUACUCUAGACGUAAAAGAAAAUGGUGAAGUCAAACCAUAUUCUGUCGAAAUGAGUAAAGAAGAGCUGCAGAAUCUAAUAAAUUCCUUGGAAGCAGCUAAUAAGGUGGUCCUGCAGUUGAAAUAACUGGAAAUGAUGAAUACCAACACUAUCAGAUUUCACUGCUACACCUGAUAACGGCCGAGUGAAUACUGUGUGUUCAGAAAACCUGCAAUAUAUGGACUCUUGUGCUGUGCUGAGAAAGCAACAGUGUUGAGAUUGCAAAGAUAAAAAUUUAUCAGCUUCCCUAAAGAACAGGAAAUGACAUGGUUGACUGGAAAUGCAUAAAAAUGAUAGAUGAGAAAGCUAUAAUAGCAGUUUAUAUUUUCGUAAUGGCUGUUUUGCCCCAUUUAUUAAAUAUUUGAGAAAUCUUUAUAGAUAUACAGUUUUAUUGAAAGUUGAAAAUAGGUUCUAAAGUAAUGUAAACAUACAAAGCACAAAUAUACUUGAAUGUUGCUUAAAGGAAUAUAUGAAUAGCAAGGAUGUGUAUUAUGGAUAUAUAUGAUUAAUUUGUAAUAUUUUAAAAAAUAACUUUUAAAGAAUGUAUAAGCUGCAUAUAUAACUCAGGAGAUUCCAUAUCUUUCAUAUAUUUCAAAGGAAAGAUUAUAAAAUGUAAAUUUCUUAGAGAAAGAAGCUCUUCUUCAGACAUGAACAAGAAAAAGUAAUUAAAAUUGUGUGAACAGUUUUGAGUUUAUGAAUUAUUAAAAUAUUACUAGAAUAGGAAAAAAUGAAAAUAACACUGUUACUUCUGCAUUUCUGUGUCUGAUUGGGAGGGUGUGCUGUGAUAAAGAGAAUAGAUGUCAUUGUAAAGUGUGUAUAUAACUAUUCAAAUAUUAGCUAAUAUUAAAUAUAAGUCCACUUUUGUUAUAAACCCUUAA